AUGUCACAUUUUGAAGCAACAAACAUCAAGAAGCGGUCAUCGAUACCCGCACAACAGGACGAGGUAGAUGCGCGUGCCCAUGGCAUGGCUAUUACCGCAACGUUUGAUGUGGCAGGCAUUGAAAGCUUGCUUGUCUUUUGGCCGGACAAGCUGGUCGACCUGUCCCCGCUCGUCGCUGCUCAACGCAAGAUCGGUCCACAACAGGAUGGAAUUCCAGCGAGGCUGCUUGUCGGCAAUAUUGUUCAUGGCCAUUCAUGCGAGGCAGCUGUCGUUAUCGUUGGGACCAUCCAAGUGUCGGACUUUGACCACAUUUCGAGCAAGAUCGUCGCAAACGGGCUUCGUGUUGUUGGGUCCAUGCCGACCACCAGACAAAAACACGGAAUCUUCGGCACCUCUACCUCUACUAUGCUCGCUGAUAGUCCGGUCUGGUUGUUCAUGUCAUCGUUUUGCCCGCACGGAGAGCUACCGUCAGUCACGUCUGUGAAAUUUCGCGGAUCGGUUUCCGGUGAUGGUCAUGCUGAUAUCUGUGCAGCACAUAUCCACCCAGCUCCCUGUGCGGUCACUAUGAUUCGCUAUAGCGUGCCCAGCUCGCGGAUGUUGCAAUACUUUGCACUCGAGCCGCUUCGGCUUGCUCCUGUCUCGGGUAUGAAGCUCGUAUCGACCGCGAAAGCUCUGCUCGUGCCCGAUUCUCAGCUCUCGGCCUACUCUAGCCUCCUUGCUGCCAGUUCAGCACCAUCAGAGCUCGAGAACAAGUUCCUGCAGCUGCUCAUGCUGGAUCCGCUCCAUUGGCAUUCCUUCCGCAGCGUCGGCCCGCAUCAGUGUCAAAUGCCUUGCGGCACAGCCCUUCGUAGAGCCAUCAAGUAUGUCAACCGUCUGCAAGCUCAGCACGAGUGCCUAGCUGCUUCCUCCUCAAGCCAAAAUGGCGCCGGUAAUGGAGCGAUUCUUCCAUCGCGCUACGGCAUCAAAGCUAGCGUCUCGACCGGCCCGCUUGCGCGGGUCGGCAAAGCAGCGACCCUGAUGGCUCUUGUUGUUCAGGCGAUUUUGCAGCACCCGCUAUUUACGGUCAAGAAACGCGCUAUAGUGAUUGAUGGCGUGGCGAGACGGCUACCUGGUUCCCAGGCUAGAAACUGGAGCCUAACAAGCGUGUCAGCGAGCGCGAGGCAACUCAACGUACGCAUCUCGCAGCUAGUUGUUGCUCCUCGGCUGGCUUCGCGAUUGCGCUACCUGCGCAAGCAACAGACACUACCUAUCGACGAGAUUGCUGCGCCUUAUAUCGGGUUGUGGAACGCUGUUUGGCUGAUUGCCAACGAUGUUAUCUUGGGUUAUGCCGCCAGUGUUUUGCUACUUCAAUAUAGAUCGCAGCUAGCGCAAUUGUGCCGCGACCUAUCAGAACGCUUUCUAGUAGACUCGAUAUUGUGGUUGCUCUCAUGGCUCGAGAACUGGCCAGCGGGAUUGAAGCUCAACACAGAGCUGUCUCUGUUCUUCAGCGAUGCCUAUUCUUCGCUCACGAUUGCCUGGCAAGCUCAGGGAUUGGGUUACGUUCUGCCGCGGCUAGAGACCAUCAUCACUGCAAUGGCAAUUGCUGGCCGGUUGAUGGGAGUGACCAUGGUGUUUUGCAUGGUGCAGGAUCUCGUAUCGAUCUGCACGUUGCACAUCACGGUGUUCUACACCUUGUCGUUCAAGACGAUGCGCGCAUUUGUGUAUGUACUCUUGUCGCUUUUCGACAUGUUCCGAGGCAAGAAGCGAAAUGCGCUACGAGGUGGCCGAUUGGACGACGCAAGCUACGAGCUGGAUCAGUUGCUACUUGGAACACUCCUUUUCACGUUGGUCGCGUUCCUGUUCCCCACAGUGUACGUCUACUAUCUGGCUUUCGGAUUGAUCCGCUUCGCGGUGGUAGCGUUCGAAGCUGGCAUUGUUGAGACGUGCUUGGCACUGCUCAAUCAUCUGCCUAUGUUUGCGCUCAUGCUACGCGUCAAGGAUCCGCAUCGAUUGCCAGCUGGCGUCUGGUUGCAAGAGCUCGGAACGCGAGUCAGUAACGAUACUUCUGAUGAUACACACGCUUUGCCAAUGAGUCGAUUCCGACUGCGUUGUCGACCUCUGACGGUCAGCGAUAUCUUUGAAGGCUAUGGACAGCAUGUUUCGGGACUUUUUGAAGUACCAGAGAUGCUCUUGCGAUGCAUCUUUGGCCGCUCGCUACGGUCAUCGCCGCCGACAAUGUAG